AUGCUUGGAACAAAGAUUCCGCACUGCUAUGAGAAAGAAUCUCACAGUAACCUAUCAGCUUCGAAAAGAAAGCAAGUCCUCGGCUCGUCUUUUUUGCCUGUGGGUUGUCUCGAUGCCAAUCCCGCACUUGACGUGCCAUAUGCACUUCUAAUUGAGAUCAAGCGUAACCAGCGCACCCUGCCCGGAAACGGGCACAAAACAAGAUCCAGAACAACAAAGGCGCGUGUCUUUGAACUAUCAGACGUUGAAAGAGCAGCCAGGAAAAAUUCUGUCGGGUACGAGCAUAAGCUUGAGCAAAGAAGAGUUCGUCUGCUUUCUCCAGGUAUGGUGCCGAAGGAAAUACAUAAUAUCGUAGAUGACCCUGUGGGCGUCGCGUGA